AUGCAGGCUCACGGCGCGCGCCCCUGCUGCGUGGGCCGCGGUGCUAGGUUGGAGGCUCCCUGCAGGAGCGUGCGGCAAGGGCGGCCCGCGCCGGUCGCUCCGCGGGGACGUCGAUGUGUAGAUUCCAGCUUCGCAGUGCCGUCGCGGCGGGAGCGCGCUGGAGCGCGGGCGGUCGCUGCGAGCGCCAAGCCCUUGGUGGCUCUCCCGGAGCCGUCAACGGCCUCGCAAGUCAUGAACUUCAUUGUCAAGGACUCCCUCGGACAAGACAUUGCGUGCUUCGUGGUCUACAUGGUCGCUCUGAUCGCCGUCAAGGCCGUCGGGGCGCGCCUUCGAAGCAAGGUCUCGCCGACGGGGGAAGCACCGGAGUGCGAGGGCAAGGACGCGCCGCAGACCGUCCAGGAUCUCGUGGGAAUGGUGUUCUCAAAAGUGGCUGCUUCUGGGACCGUCUUCCAGGCGCUGGAGAGACCGAUCAACUGGUUCAUCUACAUCCUGGCGUUCGUCAAGUCCCUCGAGGUCCUCGGCGGCACGCUCUCCCGCGUAGUCGAGAGCCAGGGCGCUGCGUCGGGCGUCCUCGACAAGUCAGACGCCACGAUGCUCCAGGCGCUGGUGGAGCGCGCCGUCGACGCGGUGGAGGCCACGCACGACCUCAUGGCGGUCGGCACGAAGAUCGCGGUCGUCUGGCUGCUGGCGUGGGCGAGCCUGCGGUGGAAGAAGCAAGCCCAGAGGGUCGUUGAGGAGACCUUGGUGGGCGCGAAGAAGGGCGGCGCGGUCGAGGUGUUCGGGAACGCGGCGGUCGGGGCGUCCGGGCUGGUGUCCUGGACGCUGGUGGGGAUCGCGCUGCUGGCCACGCUGAGCGUGCUGCACAUCAACAUUGCGCCGCUGCUGGCCGUCGGCGGGGCGUCGGGUCUCGUGGCUGGGUUCGCGGCGCAGUCCGUGCUGACGAACAUCCUCGCGGGGAUCCAGAUCUUCCUCGUACGGCCGUUCACGGUUGGCGAGCGGCUGGAGCUGCGCACGGGCGGCGGCGGGAAGGUUAUCGCGGGCACUGUGGUGCAGAUCGACCCGACGAGGACGAUCAUCCGCGCGGACGACAACUUCCCCGUAUCCGUCCCGAACAAGACGAUCACCGACAUGCUCGUCGUCAACCACUCGCGCUGCAUGGACGCGGCGGACUGGGGGCCCAUGGGUCCGCCGUCGCGCCCGCUGCUCGUGACCAUCCCCGUGCGCCUCUCGGACGCGGGGCGCAAGUCGAGCAUGAUUGCCACGGAGGUCACGAAAUACCUCCAAAACCACCCAGACGUCGACCACGACCAGCCCGUGAUGUGCGGCUGGACAGGGUUCGGGCACCCGAAGAAGCUGGAGCUCACGAUCCGCUGCAUGUCGACGCGCGAAGCAGCGAAGCGGUAUCCUUCCUUCCGGGACGGCGUGCUCACGGACUUCGUUGACAUUCUGGAUAAGUACGACGGCGCGCUCGCGUGA